AUGGAAAAGGGGCAAAGCUCCAAAGGCAAAGAGGUCGUGAACGAAGAAGCUGAGGAAGUCUAUGUUCCUCCACCACCAAGACCUCCGUCCGUUCCUUUUCCAUCUCGUCUCAAGAAGCAUAAUGAGGACCGACAAUUCGCGAGAUUUGCCGAGAUGCUGAAAAAGCUUGAGAUCACCAUGCCUUUCACAGAAGCCAUCCUGCAGAUGCCGUCUUACACGAAGUUUCUCAAGGACAUACUCACGAAGAAGCGAGUCAUGGAAAAGGAGACGGUAUCGCUCAACAACGAAUGCAGUGUGUUAAUUCAGCAUGAGUUACUGCCUAAACGAGCUGACCCAGGAAGCUUCUCGAUACCCUGCAAAUUGGAUAAUGUCUCCAUUGACAGGGCAUUAUGUGAUCUCGGAGCCAGUGUUAGCCUUCUCCCACUAUCGAUAUUCAAGAAGCUGAAUGUGGGAGAGUUGAAGCCGACAAGGAUGGCGCUCCAGCUUGCUGAUAGAUUGGUAAAAUAUCCCGCUGGGAUAUUGGAAGAUGUGCCACUUAAGGUGGGAAACUUCUAUGUACCGGUCGACUUCAUGGUAUUGGACAUGGACGAGGACUCGAGAGGUCUGAAAAUCGUGCCCAGAGAAGUAGGAGGCAUUCCUUCAAGUUUAUCCCACUUAAAGCCCUAA